UUUGAGUAUAAAUAUAUUUUUAUAUGUAACACAGGGUGGUCCAGAUGACUUUUUAAUUUUCAAGCAAUCAAACAAAGUUAAAGUGAUUCCAAGAAUUUUCGUUACUUUAAUAGAUCCAGAGAUACUGAGUUCUUUGUGCAAACUUUAUUUGAUUCUAGCCUGAGACAUAGAAUUUUUCACAAAUGUUCUUGGAAGUUGAAGCAGAGAACGUAGAUUUAUUCCAUUAUUAUUGGUGUAAUCCACUCAUCGUGCUUUCUUCGAUUAAGGUGGCUGGAAUAUAACGUGGCUUUGUAGCAUUCUUUAUUUCUAGAAGCAACAUUUUCUCCGCAAUAUUCAUAAAAAAUGGGUCAAUUUUAGUUUUUGAUAAACAAGCUUGUGGAUGUAGAGAUAUGAGUUUUCAGCUUUGGACUAAACGCACGCCAAUUUCUGCAAGUUCAGCUGUUGGUGAAAGUAAAUCUAGUUAGAGAAGAAAUGCUAAAGUCGGUAAAUCUUUAUAAUUUCUCAUUAGACAGCUGGAGUUCUUGAGAAUAGUUGAGAAGUUCAAUACGAAUUUUCGCAAUGAAUGUGGUUUAAAUGUGUUCAAGGGACGGUGGUUAGAUUAAAGGAUUGAUUCGGAGAGACCCAGGUGGAGAAAUUGCUUAAUCUGUCUCUUCGAACUUCAGUAUCCUUUUUCUAUUCAAUGACGCUACAUCUAUUUAAGAUAUGUUGUGCCACAAUGACCUCAGCUUCGUAUCGCACGAUCGUUAGCCGUUUUCGAUUAUUAACUGCUCGCUAUCAUUGAGUUCUGUUGUCUUAUCAAAAAUUUAUAUGUAAAAGCAAUAAUCAAGAUUAAUCUAGUUAUUGUAUAAUCAAAACCUCUUUGUCUUGUACGUAGCUGGCACAGCAAAGUGGUUUAAACGCUUGUAAUUUGGCUCUAUUUCAUUAUCUUAAGCUGUGUGAUCUACACUAGUUGCUUGUUCGAUUCGCUCCUCUCAAAAACUUGGCGCAACGAAAACAGCUUCUUCUUUGUUGAUUUUGGUGUAUGCCUAACAAACUGCCGUGGGUCUUGAAGUUUGUAACCCCUUUUCAUGUCUGCUAGUUACACCUAUCGAUAGAACAGACUUUGGGUCUACCCUGUACAAAACUUCUCUAAACAGCUGUUAGCUUAAUUCAUUAUGUAUGACUUCAAAGCUGUUUAAUUCAAUUCUUUGUAAACUAUUAAUUUCAUGUACCGAUAUGUAGAUACAUACAUAUAUAAUUCCCAUACAUAUUUACUAUACUACACAUAGAGUACUCGUAUAAGUAUUAGCACGAAUAUAAGGAAACAAACAUACGCAUAUAAUCCGCGUAUUUUUGGGAAGUACCUCAACUCAGUGCCAAAACGUUUGCUGCAUUCAGAGUGGAUCAAUGUGCUGUUGUAUGUGUGCACAUGUACAUAUAUUAUAUUUGUAAAUACAUAUUAUAUAUAUUGUUUAAAUGUCGUCGUGGUCCAUUGUGUUCGGUAUAUAUUUGCGAAAGCUGACGAUACGGACAUAUUGUGGGUGGCGGUGUUCUAGAAAAGUUUUACAGUCAUAUAACGUGCGAAAUUCCAAGAAGCAUAUCAAAACAAAAACAGAGUUAAGUACUUAUGCGCGUUGUAUAUCCACAUUUAAAUUCAUACAUUAGGGUGGUUCUAAAAUAUAUCUCUUAAGUGACAAUUCAAUGACAAACCCAAGCUCUAUUUCCAUGCUACAAUGCACAAAACUCUUCUUACGACACAUCUUAACUAUAUCUAAUCCUUAACCAUAUUAUUACCGACUGAGAGCGCAAGACUGAAAGAAAAAACCUUUUAUUCGACUUUAGGAACCGCCCUAACCUUCGAAUACAUAGUAUAUGUAAAAAGCAGUAAUCGUCCGCCCCAGUCGGCUUUCAACUAUCAAAUCGGCGUCACUUUCAAUUAGCUCACAAUUCAUGUGGUUAUAUUUUAUCUGGCUGACUGAUUCAUGUCUAGGCAUUCAUAUUGCUACUAUUUAUUUCCAUGUAUGGUGAGUUCAUUUAGGUGGAACCAGUAAUUUUAAAUGAAAGACGACAUAAUGUGAGUUUUAAAUUAAAUGGAGAAAAUUCUUCCAUAAGGUGAGAAAACCUCAGCAAAAUCAAGAUACAUUUUUGAGUUGUAUGAAGAAUCGUAAGGUCCAAAACAAAUAAAUAAUUCCAUUUAGAAAACUGAGGAAUAUGGAUGGCCGAUUGCAUGCCGGUCAGGUCUUUGCAAACGGAUUAUAUACGGAUAUAGAUUCGACCAAGGGCUGUCCCUCGCAGGUAUUAUUGAAUUGUCUUAAGUUGCUAUAACAACAAAAGCAAUUCAGAAAUUGAUUUUAAAUACUUUUCAACCAAGCAGCCUUUCUUUAACCUACAAAUAUCACUUGUGUCUGUUAUAUAUAUUUUGUUUUCCUUUUUCUAAAUAGCUAUUACAGGUCGCAAAAGAGUUCUGAGGUCUCUAAUGCAACAAUAUUUAUUUCAGUUUUUGAUUAAAAUUUUUGUGAGCCUAUUUUCCUGUUCGAUGAAUAAUGCUUUUUAUCAAAAGAAAACUUUUUAUCUAACGGAGAUCGUUUUUGCCGAUUAGGUUCAAUUCAUAAUCGAUUGAAAUUUUACUUUGUUCUAAGCGGCGACAUGGAAUGAAACCAAAUUUCUGUUGUUUACUACCACCGGUGACUAUUUCAUAGAAAAAUUCAGAGUCAACUUAUCGGCUCUAAAAGUGCUGACUUUUUUUUAAGAAACCGGUAUAAAGUGGAAAUAAUUUUACUGAAAUGGAAUUUAACUAUGGUUGACACGGAGAGUCUUUUUACUACGAACAACCUCUUUGCUAAAGAUCUCGUUCGGGGUUUCGUUUUUUUUCAGCAACCGAAACGGACAGUUUUGUUUCAAAAAUAGAAAAGGGUUUCAAGGUGUCGAAUACGGUGAACUAGAUGAGUAAGGGAUGAUAAGUGUGAAUUAUUUUUUAAGGCAUUUCUUUUCUGGUCUCUGCUUAACUACUUGACUCUCUUUAAAUUUUUUAUUUUGAUACAAAAUUCAGACGUUUUGUUCAUACCGAGACAUUGACUAAAAUUAAUUUAUACAACAAGUUAAGAGCCGUUUCCACGACAGUCUGUUUUACGUAACCGGAAAUUUUAUCCAAUUCAUGUAUCUCAACUCGCAGCAUUCCUUAAAUCUAUUUGGGGAAUGUUUUCUGAGGCUACAAAAACAACAACAUUAGAAGUUCAAGAACCCAAAAAUGUCUCUAACUUUUUUGAUGCUUUCUUCGUUAACAGAAUCGGUUGAUCCCCUCCUAAUAUAUGAUGCACAAUGAACUUGUGACCCUCGCUGUAUCCUGCCUUUACAACAUUUACACUUGAAUGUACCAACCCGAGUCCAAUGGAAUAGCUGUUAUGAGAAGAACAGUACUGCCGCUUGAAUUUCUCUUACUCAGCGAUUCACAGCAUCGGGUUGGGUCAUUUGUUAUGAGAUUAGCGAUGCCGGCCGGCGAAAAAGUAAAAAAAAGCAUAACACAAACAAACAACAAAUAUUUCCACUCUCAAUCUGUGUAGGUAUUUAUGUACAAAAACAAUCAGAAGCACAGAGGCACAUAUAGAAUAUAAUUAAAGCUAAUUUGUAGAGGAUCCUAAAAAUAAAUUAAUUUGUAUGCAGGUAGACACUUGUUAUGAUUUUUGCAUAACGAAAAUGGAAAAAUAAUAAAACUAAAAAAAAAGUUAAGUAAAUAACUAGAAAAGAUAGACAAAAAACCGGUUUAACGCUACAAAAGGUGUACCUUCGAAUAAGUUGAGUUAGACGCGAAAUUGAUAAUGACAUUCGUAGAGCAAAAACAAUAAUAAAAACAACAACAGAAAACACAUAUAUUAUAUAUACAUACGUACAUACAUAUAUACGAGAUGCAGGCGCUGUUCGGAAGAGGUAACUGCGAAAGACAAAGCAUUUGGUAGAGAACAUUGCACCGACACACGUCAGAACUUAUCGGCGACGAUGUCACGAACUACGUUGACCGCCUGCAGCUUUAAGUAUAAUAGCCAAUUAAGCAAAAAAGAAAAAGGAAUAAGCGAAAUCUAGAAACGAGAUCGUAUUAAUUUUUAUAUAUGUGCAUACGUACGAAUGCAUUUACAGAAAGAAAACAAAAAAAAAAGAACAACAUGUAAUCAAAUCUAAAGAGAUGUGCAAACCAAAUCAUUGCAAAUAGAAAAGCAACAACAAAAACAUGAAUAAUAAUAAAGCAAAGGAAAUUAUUUAUCAAUUGGUGAAUCCCGAGCUGAUGACCGCUCGGCUGGGCCACCAAGUUGCGCCGAAGCCAAGUAGCCGGUUUGCCUAUAAAAAGAAACUGGCUGGUGUUGCAUUCAGCAGUUGAGUAUUUACUUCGACUGGCAGAGAACGAACGCGCUAACAUGGGUUUUACAAAAGCUUUACACUUGACUACGGCCAUACUGGGCGUGGCUGCUCUAACGUUGGUGCAAGCUGACGAGCAAAUUUAUCGCAUGUGCGUGCCGGAAAAGUAUUAUCAAGACUGUUUGGAUCUGCUGAAGGAUCCCUCCGAGGCUGGCAUACUAAUGCAGUGUGUAGCGGGACGUGAUCGCAUCGAUUGCUUGGACAAAAUCAACCAACGUAAGGCAGAUGUGCUUGCCAGCGAGCCGGAGGAUAUGUAUGUUGCCUAUCACACAAAGAAUCAGGAUUAUCGUGUGAUCUCGGAAAUACGCACCAAAGAUGAUAAAGACGCCGAAUUCCGUUAUGAGGGCAUUAUUUUGGUGAAGAAAAAUUCAAACAUAAAUAGUUUGAAGGAGUUGCGCGGCAAGAAAUCGUGUCACACAGGUUUCGGACGUAAUGUGGGCUAUAAGAUCCCCAUCACUAAGUUGAAGAACACACAGAUACUUAAGGUUUCUUUGGAUCCCGAACUGAGCGCCACCGAUCGCGAGCUGAAGGCUUUAUCAGAAUUCUUCUCACAAUCUUGUCUGGUUGGCACCUACUCACCAUAUCCGGACACUGAUCGUCUACUGAAGAAGAAAUACUCCAGCUUGUGUGCGCUCUGCGAGAAACCCGAGCAAUGCAAUUAUCCCGACAAAUUCUCCGGUUAUGAUGGCGCAAUCCGUUGCUUAGACAAGGGCAAGGGUGAGGUGGCCUUCACGAAGGUGCAAUACAUCAAGAAAUACUUUGGCCUGACACCCGGCUCCACACCUGAAGGCGAUCCCUCCGAGUUCGAGUAUUUGUGUGAGGAUGGCAGUCGUCGUCCAGUCACUGGCCCAGCUUGCUCGUGGGCUCAACGUCCAUGGACCGGUUAUAUCUCGAACGCUGAUUCGGUAAAUGGCGAAGAGAAAUUGCAUAAUCUACAAAAUCGUCUUGAGAAAUUCUUUGAGAAUGGUUUGCAUGCCGAAAACAAGAUUGCCGCACAACAUUUACUCAUCAACGAGAAUGCCGUGUACCACAGCAAACCGGAGGCAGUCGAACCAAAAGUCUAUCUCGAGCGUGCCGGUUAUAAGGAUGUGAUCGAACGUGAUGGCAGCGCCAUCAGGAAGAUGCGACUCUGUGUGCGUACACCCAUUGAGAUGGCCAAGUGCGAUUCAAUGCGCCGUGCUGCCUACUCACGUGAUAUUCGUCCUGAAUUGGAGUGUGUGGUGGACCAAGAUUGUUUGAAUGCCGUUGAGAAUAAAAAUGCCGAUUUGGUUGUGGUGUCAGGCAACCAAUACGCGGAUGCGCGUCAAGAAAAACUCAAGCCGGUCGUAUAUGAAAGCUACGGGCCCGACAAUGUCUAUGUUGCUAUUGUAGAGCCGAGCGUUAGCAAGGAUUUGCAGAAGCUGCCAAUCAACUAUGAUGCGCAGAAUAAACGCGCCAGUUUAGCGGCUAAUUUCCUGAACAAACGUCGCAACAUUAAUCCCUGUCAGAAUUCACCGUCCACUGAGAAGAAUCUCAUGAUCGUACACUCAAGCGAAUUGGAACAGCAUAAGGAUAAACAGCUGGUGUGCCCUAGUUUGGAAGUUAAAGCCGUAACCGAGUAUCAUACAUGUAACUUGGAGGCUAACUUACCGUCGGCUGUCUUCAUACGCAAGAGCACGACUCCCGUUGAGCAGGAGACUAUCAAGCAAUUGUUCGUUUCGAUUUCCUCUAAGUUUGGUAAAGAGGGCAAGUUGUCCGAUGUUUUUGCUCUCUUCGCUCCAUUCGUAAAGGACGUCAAGAAUGUGUUGUUCGAUGACGAUGCCACUGAAUUCGUAACUGAGCUGAAAAAUCCCAACCUCAAUGAGCAAAUCUAUAAUGAGCUCGCAUGUGAUAAACAAUCGAUUUCAAAAAAUCUCUAAAAAUGCAUGGCUAGAUACAUACAUACACGUCCCUGUAAUCAUAUUUAUAAGCUCUCAUAAUUACUAAAAUAAAAGUUAUAAUUGAAUGUGAAAAAUAA